CCCUUCCCUCCCUCCCUCCCCCGCCGCACCCACACGGCAACAUUUCACGUCCUCAAGGCCAUUGCCCAACCCUUAUCCUCUCGACCCCUUGGUCGGCCGGUUGGGUUUCUCGGCUGCGGUGGAGCUGGCAAUGGACGCCGUCGCUUCUUCUGCCAGACUAGGUGGCAAUGACCAUGGAAAUACAUCACAAGCUAAUCAUUUGAGAUCGGUUGAUCAAGGUAUUGAUGGGCCAAUUGACAUGCUUUCUGUGCCAAAUACAGAGCAAGCAAUGGAGAAAGGAGAAAAUGCUCAAGCUAUCAACAAUUCAGAACAGAUGGAAAAGAAGAGAAGGGCUAUUGAUCGCAUGGUUGCAUGGUUCAGUGAAGCUGGGAUUCCUUUUAAUACUGCUUGUAUAGAGAGUUUUGACUUAAUGGUAGAAGCAAUUGCACAAUGCGGCCCUGGUUUUCAGGCACCCUCUCUUGGUGAGCUUGAUGGCCCCUUACUUCAGAGGCAACUUUUAGCAAUCAAUGGUUCAGUUGAAGCACUGAAAAAAUUCUGGAUGUCCGAAGGAUGCUCUAUUCUGGCUUAUACACAGAUUGAUGAUGAUCAUAGACGGAUGUUAAACUUGGCAGUUGAUUGUUCUCACGGUGUUUCAUUCCUUCGUUCCAUUGAACUACCUUCAGGAAGCUACGACCAAGCAUUUGUUUGCCGACUAGUUGAUUCUUGUAUUGAAGAAGUUGGAGAGAAAAAUGUGGUGCAGGUCAUUGGAGACAUUAGUAUGGAUAAGAUUGGAGCAAAAAUGCCUAGAAAGAGACCGAGCAUAUUUUGGACUCCUUGUGCUGCAGAGUCCAUUCAUAUGAUGCUUGAAGACAUAGGGCAUAUUUGUUUAAUCAAGAAAACAGUCGCUAAAGCAAGAUCACUCACAGCUUUUAUUUAUGCACAAACAGAUUUGCUGGACAUGACCCGCCAAUUCACCAACCAGCAUGAUUUGGUUCAUGUUGGGAUAACCUAUUUCACCACCUGCUGCUUGAACUUGAGGAGCCUUUAUGAUAAAAGGAUUGAGUUGAAGACUAUGUUUGUUUCUAAAGAAUGGGAGGACAGCAAGUGGUCGAAGGAAGCAGUGGGCAAGAAAUUCUAUAAUUUAGUAGUGAGCCAUGAGUUUUGGCAUAAUGUGCUAUAUGCUAUAAAUAGUUUUGAACCACUAGUGGAGGUUCUGAGGAUGAUGGGGAGUGGCAAACCCUCUAUGGCAUACAUAUAUGGUGAACUUGUCAAUGCUAAAAAGGAAAUUGCCUUCCGCUUUGGAAACAAGGAAGAGCACUAUUUGCCAAUAUGGCACUAUAUAGAUUUUAGAAUGGAUGAGUACAUGAAGAAACCAUUGCACUUAGCUGGUUAUUAUUUGAAUCCUUCGUUCUACUAUCAAAACAGAAAUGAAAUUGAAAAGACAGAAAUCUUCAGAGAUGCACUAGUUGAGUGUGCGCGUAAGAUGUACCAAGAUGAGUCUACACAAGAGAAAAUUGUGCAUCAAUUGAAGCUUUACAGCACUGCUUCAGAGAGUUUUGGAACAGUGCAUGCCAUUAGUACUCGGAUGAAUGUUGACCCAGUUUCCUGGUGGGAAUUACAUGAUGGUGGAGCAAAGGAGUUGAGUGCAAUGGCACUGAGAAUAUUGAGGUUAACCUGUGGCUCAUUGGCCUAUGAGCCAAGUUGGAUUGAAAUGAUCCAUAGAGAAAAGCCAUCUUGGAUUAAAAAUAAGCAAUUCGAGGAUUCAGUGUUUGUGACCAUCAACAGAAGGAUACAAGGGAAAGCUCAAAUGAGGGACAGAGAUCCUAUACUUGCGUAUCUUCCCCGUGAUAACGAACCGUUUGAAUGGCUGGUGGGCAUGUUUCAUGCCCAUGUACCGCAUAAUAGGGAUUUGCUGAUGGCAAGAGCAAGUGGCGAUGGUGUAGGUCUCGCAAAGCUGGCGAAUAAAUUACUUAUGGAGGCAGAGUAUGUGACAUCUGAAGAAGAAAGUGAUGAAGAAGCACCAACGCACUCCAUCAAAAGGAAGACGACGUCUGAUGCUUCAUGCUCAAAACGAGAGAAGAGACCUCAGCUGGUCAAAGGAAAUCUGAAAGAUGAUGAGUCCGAGGGAAGUGAUGGAAACAUCAGCUACUAAUCUUUGGCGAUAUUCAUGGCCUUGUAUGUAUCACAUUAAAAGGAUGAUGCUUGAUUUAGUAUGCUUUUGUGGUCACUGAACUCUUAGGCGUACGUUGCUGGUGUUAGGGGUUUGGAACUCUAUUACUUUGGUUCGGCUGUUAACCAACAGAUGUCUGUCUGACAUCUGAAUGCUUGGAAUCAGAUUUGGUUAUUUCAUUUCAUUA